GCGUGCCCGUGGCUGCCAGGCGCCGGCGGAGCGCUGCCGCCUCCCGGCCCCUCUCCAGCCGCCCUCCGCCGCCGCUCCCGGUGCCGCCGCUGCUGCGGGGCCGCUGCGGCUGCGGCCGCCGGAGGUGAUGCCCUCGGAGCCUUGGAGCAACCAGUGACAUCGGCUGGAACAGCAGGGGAAAGAAGAGGAGGGGAUACCUGAGAGUGUCCUGUCCCCACUGAGACUGGGGACACUGAGAUGUGCCAGCACUGCAGGGAGGAUUAAUGGUGCCCGGUGUCCUGUGCCAAGUGAUGGCUCACCCCAGUCUGCCGUGGUGGUGGCCCUGGUGGAGCAGGACCAGGUGCCACAGGGUUCUGGGUGCCACCUCCCACCCCUGCUGAGCUCUGCAGUGGGGACAAGGACUUUCCACCCCUGUGGGUGCCACCACAUUGUCUGUCCCCUGGCCAUGGCACAGCUCUGAGCCACUGUCCCCAGCCAUGGCACGGCAGGGCACGGGGGCCCUUCUGGGCUCUGGGACUUUGGGGUUCCCACCCCAAAACCUGGCCCGCGUGGUGGUCUGGGAGUGGCUGAACGAGCACGGACGCUGGCGGCCCUACUCAGCUGCUGUCUGCCAUCACAUCGAGAACGUGCUGAAGGAGGAUGCCCGCGGCAGCGUGGUGCUGGGCCAGGUGGACGUGCAGCUGGCACCAUACGUCAUCGACCUGCAGUCCAUGCACCAGUUCCGGCAGGACACGGGCACCAUGCGGCCGGUGCGCAGGAACUUCUAUGACCCGUCCUCUGCACCGGGCAAAGGUAUGGUGUGGGAGUGGGAGAAUGACAGCGGCUCCUGGACCCCCUAUGACAUGGACGUGGGCAUCACCAUCCAGCGUGCGUACGAGAAACAGCACCCCUGGGUGGAUCUCUCCUCCCUGGGCUUCUGCUACCUCAUCUACUUCAGCAGCAUGUCGCAGAUGAACCGGCAGACUCAGCGCCGGCGCCGGCUGCGGCGCCGCAUGGACCUGGCGUACCCACUGACCAUGGGCUCCAUCCCCAAGUCUCAGUCGUGGCCGGUGGGCAGCAGCACGGGGCAGCCCUGCUCGUGCCACCAGUGCCUGCUGGUCAACAGCACCCGGGCGGCAUCCAACGCCAUCCUGGCCUCGCAGCGCCGCAAGCUGUACGGCGGCACGGGGACGGUGCCGGUGCGGCAGAGCAGCACCUUUGCUGGUGCGACACUGUGGCCAUCGGCAGGUGGCACAGCCAAGGGGGAGGCACCCAGGGUUCCUGCUGGGGCUUUCGGGUGCAGCCAGAGCACGGCCAGCACCGUGCAGCUGCCUGGCCUCAAUAACCUCAACCGGCCCGGCACGCAGCGGGGGGCUGGUGGUAGCGCCCGCACCACGGUGCCCCCUGGGGUGCCAGCCCUCCCGGUCAAGAACCUGAAUGGCACCGGCCCCGUUCAUCCCGCCCUGGCAGGGAUGACGGGCAUCCUGAUGUGUGCUGCUGGACUGCCUGUCUGCCUGACCCGUGCGCCCAAACCCAUCCUGCACCCGCCGCCCGUCAGCAAGAGUGACAUCAAACCUGUGCCCGGGGUCAGCGGCAUCUGCAGGAAGACCAAGAAGAAGCACCUCAAAAGGAGCAAGAACCCAGAGGAUGUGGUGCGUCGCUACAUCCAGAAGGUGAAGACCCCUCCGGAUGAGGACUGCACCAUCUGCAUGGAGAGGUUGGUCACCUCCUCGGGUUAUGAGGGUGUCCUGAGUCACCGCGGCAUCAAGCCGGAGCUGGUGGGCAAGCUGGGCAAGUGCGGGCACAUGUACCACCUGCUGUGCCUCGUGGCCAUGUACAACAACGGCAACAAGGACGGCAGCUUGCAGUGCCCCACCUGCAAGGCCAUCUAUGGGGAGAAGACGGGCACGCAGCCCCCCGGGAAGAUGGAGUUCCACCUCAUCCCCCAUUCCCUCCCGGGUUACACCGACUCCAAAACCAUCCGGAUAGUCUAUGACAUCCCCACCGGCAUCCAGGGUCCAGAGCACCCCAACCCUGGCAAGAAGUUCACUGCCCGUGGCUUCCCACGGCACUGCUACCUGCCUGACAGCGAGAAGGGCAGGAAGGUGCUGAAGCUGCUGAUCGUGGCGUGGGACCGGCGGCUCAUCUUCACCAUCGGCACCUCCAACACCACGGGAGAAUCGGACACGGUGGUUUGGAAUGAGAUCCACCACAAGACGGAGUUUGGCUCCAACCUGACGGGUCACGGCUACCCCGACCCCAACUACCUGGACAACGUCCUGGCCGAGCUGCUGGCGCAGGGCGUCUCCGAGGCCACCCUCAAGGACUGAGCCCACGCUCGGGGGCUCCCCGCCGUCCCCUGGAUCCUCGUGUCACCGUCCCCGCCGCUUCGCCGCCGGCACCGCGUGGGCUCAUCCCACGGUGCCACCCGCCUCGUGUCCCCGUCCCCCGCCCGGCCGCCAGCAACGCGGCGCUUUCCUCUCCGCCCACCCGGUGCCCCACGGAGCCGCGUGCAGCCGGUGCCAUGUGUACGUCUCUGUGUUAAGGAAUACACCGCAGCGUCCCGGCGUCGCCGCGCCA